AGCCAACGAUCCAAACAAUGUUGCGUAAAGCUCCGACACUGUUUCUAGCCCUUCUAUCAUGCCUGCUAUUGGCUGAAACCAAGGUACUAAAUGGAGCCAAACAAGACGUGAGGAAAUUCCCUGAUGGAUUCUUAUUCAGCACAUCAACAGCUUCGUAUCAAAUAGAAGGUGCCUGGGACGCUGAUGGAAAGACCCCUAGCAUUUGGGAUCACGUAGCCCACGCUAGGCCCUGCUUAAUUGACGAAUGUCACGAUGGAGAUAUUGCCAAUGACUCUUACAACCAAUACGAACGAGAUGUGGAGAUGAUGAGGGAACUCGGACUUGAUUACUACAGGUUUUCACUGUCCUGGUCUAGAAUUCUACCAACAAGUUUCCCUGACAAAAUCAACGAAGCUGGAGUACAGUAUUAUAACAAUUUAAUAAACGAGAUGUUGAUAGUGUCCGACCGAAUGUUCGGUUUCGGUUUCGUUUUCGGUUGAGUUUCGGUAAAAACACGAGUUUCGGUUUAGUUUCGUUUUCGGCGGUAAACUUGCCGAAACUACGACCGAAACCGAAUGUGCAUUCGGGAGUUUCCGCGCUGUUAUCGGUCAUGUUCGGCGCGUUGAAUGAGUGAAUGAAUCCGAUCAGAGCCAAUGUCGUGAUUCGCUCGCUUGUUUGUUUGCUGUUAGUUUUGUUUUGUUGUGGUGGCGAGUUUUCGAGUGAUUUAUUUUGAAUUUGGUAAGUUUUAUCUCGUUUUAUGUCGUUAUAACAUAAGAGCGGGUGUAAACAUAAAAAAAAUG